ACCGCCGCGAGAGGUUAGUGUAGAUGGGUGCGUGCUGCGUCGCGCGCCGUCGCUCGUUGUGAGUGAGGUCCCAGCGCGUUGUUUGUGUCUCCGCGGCGUUGGAUGUAAGGAGAGAAGGCGGAUAGGCACGAAACCCGAAGUGGAUAUAUGGAUAAGUUAGAACGCGGAUAAUCUGGGACAAAACCCUCUCUAGUGGAUAUAAGGAAAGUGGAUAGUGAGAAAACCUUUCUGUUGGAUAGAAGGAAAGGAGGAGGCGGAUAGGAGCGAACUUCCCCUCAAGUGUUAAGCGAAACGGAUAGUGCGUGUGGAUAGUUUGUCGAGAUCGGUGGAAAAGGAAACCAGAAAGUGGAAUACAUACCGCGGAUGUUUUGCGAGUGACAAACGGAUAUGUGGAUUUUUUUUUGUUUUAAUAUCCGUUAGAACAAAUGGGUUUAUGUGGAUCUCUGUUGGUAUCAAUUAGUGGAUAGUUUUUCACUUUUGUUUUUUUCCACAAUACAACAGCCAUUUCCAGUUCUAUACCAUUAGUUUAAGCGGAUCCGGUUAAUACGAGCGGAUAUUAUUCUUGAAAAAAAAAUAUUAUACAGUGUUCGUUGAGGUGGAUUACAGUGGAUAUCCGUUAUAAGGAAAGAUAAAUGCUGUUGGAUACAGUGAAUACCGUUAUAGUAUAGUGGAUAUUGGAGGUGGAGAAAAGAAAUAUAGUGAAUGUUCGUUAUAGUAUGGUGAAUAUUUCUAGUCUAAAGAAAACAUCGGUGUAAAGAAGCAUACGCUUUUGAAUGUAGUAAUAAAAGAAAAAAAAGAAAAUCAUAAUCGUUGUAACGCAAAUACGUUGUUGCAUAUAGCGAAAUAUUCUCGCGGGAGGAGAUUAUAAACAAGAAACAGACAAACAAACAAACAAUCCGAACGCUACGCUCCCCUUGGCGAAUUGGCUGUCCUCGAAUAUUUUCUCAGUGAGGUUGUUGUAUCCUCUCCCCUCCCCCCCCCACUCUUUCCAUCCUCCUCCUCCCCUCUCCCCCCCCUACCCCGCUCCCUACCACAUUAACCCCCUCCCCCCCAUUCACGGAGCAGCCACGUGGUUGGUCAGCGAUCAGACCUCAGGUAGAUCGGCGUCUCAUCCUCGUCUCGAAAACCUCCUUUGACGCAAUCUUGUACGCGGGAGCAGCCAUUCGUCAAUCUGGACGGUGCCAUAGGUCAACGCUUAAGCACAAGGGUGGACUAGCAUGGUGAAGGGCACGACAAGGGUGGCGUCCCCGGCAAGAUGACCCAGACGAUACACUCCCACCCUCACCCACAGGGACGUCCACCCCCGCCCCUGCUCCAGCCCCGCCCACAGCCCAGUGUAGUAAGGAGGACGCGUAUCGAGUGGGCGUGGCGACAUGUAGUGUUGUGGGCGUUGGUGGCCGCGGUGUGGUGCUGUGGGCGCGGUGCGGGGGGCAGCAACGGGGAGAGCGUGCGUUUCUCCCGCCCACAGUACAACGCCAGCGUGCCCGAGAAUGCCCUGGGCAACACGCCCGUGGUGAGCGACGUGAUGAUGGGCGUGCGCAUCACCGACCCCUCGCUCAGGAUCCGCUACCGCAUCACGGAAGGCGAUAACCAGAACUUCUUCCGUGCCGCCGCGCGCGUCGUCGGCGACUUCUGCUUCCUGGAGCUGAGCGUGCGCACCGGCAACCAGCGCGUGCUCAACCGGGAGUCCAAUGACCUGUACAAGCUCAAGGUGAAGGCGCAGCACCGGCGCCACGACCGCACCAAGGAGGACCUGCCCGGCGCCGUCACCGAGGUGUGGGUCACCAUCACGGACCUCAACGACCUGUCGCCCUUCUUCCUGAUGGACGAGUACCGCGUGCGCCUCAGCGAGGACACGCCCCUGCACGCGUCCGUGGCGCGCGUCAAGGCCGAGGACCCCGACGCGGGGCUCAACGGCCAGAUCUACUACAGCUUCAAGGAGGACACGCCGGUGUUCGCCAUCCACCCGACGUCCGGCGUCGUCACACUCACGCGGCCGCUGCGCUUCCUGGAGCAAGCCAAGUACCAGCUGACGGUGCAGGCGCAGGACCGCGGGCUGCGGCAGCGCGGCGGCUGGCCCGCGCUGGCCCGCCUCUUCGUCAACGUGACGGAGGAGAACGUCUACGACCCCGAGAUCAUGGUGACGAAGCUGCCCGAGGCCAUGUCGCGCGCGCACCUGUCCGUGGUGGCCAUCAUCAACGUGGUAGACCAGGACCGCGGCCCCAGCGGCGAGGUGCGCUCGCUGGAGAUCGUGGAGGGCGACCCCGACCGCGUGUUCCGCGUCCUGCCCAGCUCGGGCGGGAACGAGUUCAACCUGGCGGCGCUCGACACCAUCGACUGGAGCGACACGCCGCUCGGCUUUAACCUCACGCUCAAGGCCACGGACGGCGGCACGCGGCCGCGCUUCAGCUACAAGGUGGUGCGCGUGGCGGCGCCGCCCACGCCCGAGGAGGAGGCCGCCUUCACGCAGGAGGUGUAUGAGGCGGAGGUGAGCGAGGUGGCGCCGCUGGGCACGCGCGUGCUGCAGGUGGGCGCGUGGCUGCCCGGGGCGCAGCGGCGCGUCAAGUUCGACAUCGUGGCGGGCAACAAGGGCGGCCAGUUCCACAUCGACCCGACGUCGGGCGUGAUCACCACCACGUCGCUGCUCGACGCCGAGACGCGCGACGCGUACACGCUGACGGUAGCGGCCACGACGCCGUCGCUGCUGACCUCGCAGCGCCAGGCGGCCGCCAAGGUCAUCGUGCGCGUCAAGGACGCCAACGACAACACGCCCAUGAUCGUGGCGCCGCAGGGCGUGGUGCGCGUGGAGGAGCACCAGCCCACCGGCACGUGGGUGACCAAGGUGCGCGCGCAGGACUACGACUCGGGCGAGAACGGCUACGUGUCGUACAGCCUGGCCAACGCGAACGACGUGCCGUUCACCGUGGACCACUUCACGGGCGAGGUGAGCACCACGCGCGCCCUCGACUACGAGACGGAGCGGCGCACGUGGCGCCUGCGUGUGCGCGCGUCCGACUGGGGCUCGCCGUACCGCCGCCAGAGCGAGAAGAUCAUCACGGUGCACGUGGAGGACGUGAACGACAACCGGCCGCAGUUCGAGCGCGUGUCGUGCAGCGGCUUCAUCGACCGCUUCACGCCGCUGGGCUCCGAGAUCUUCACGCUGUCCGCCGUCGACUUCGACCAGGGCAACAUCAUCAGCUACCGCAUCGUGGGCGGCAACGACGACCGCUGCUUCUCGCUCGACUCGACCUCGGGCGUGCUCACCCUCACGUGCGACCUGCAGGACCUGCUCACGCCCGAGCGCAUCGUCAACGUCACGGCCUCCGACGGACAGCACUUCGCCGACACUCUGCCGCUGCGCUUCCAGCUGGUCAAGCAGCAGAACCACGUGGGCGGCUCGUGGGCGGAUCUGGAGUGCCGCGAGAUGGGCGUGGCGCAGCGCCUGGCCGAGCAGCUGGCCCGCGCCGCCAAGAACAACCUGAAGGACGACUCGCUGCUGCUGCUGACCCCUCCGCCGCCCGUGGUCAACGCCCACGCGCCCGAGCUGCGCAACAUGCCGCUGGAGGUGCGCGUGCGCGAGAACAGCGAGCCGGGCACCGUGGUGUUCAAGGUGGACGCGGACGACGAGGACGUGGGCUACCCGGGCCACCUGGUCUACUCCAUCGUGGAGGGCAACGAGGAGGCCGUCUUCAUGAUGGACAUGGCCACGGGCGAGCUGACCGUCGUGGGGCUGCUGGACCGCGAGCGCGUGGCGCGCUACACGCUCAACCUGACGGUGUCGGACCUGGGCGACCCGCGGCGCAUGGCCUCGCGCCUCGUCACCAUCACCCUGGUCGACGAGAACGACAACGCGCCGCAGUUCGACAAGCCCGCCUACAGCUUCUUCCUGCCGGAGAACGUGGCCAACGGCACCAGCGUGUACGAGCUGCGCGCGCACGACCCCGACGAGGGCAGCAACGGCGUGGUGACCUACAGCCUGGCCACGGACACCAAGGACUUCCGGCUGGACCCCGUGACGGGCCGGCUGAGCGUGGCCUGGCCGCUCGACCACGAGACGCACGACGUCUACGAGCUGCGCGUCGUGGCCACGGACGGCGGCGCCCGCUCCGCCCACGCCUACGUCACGGUGCAGGUGGCCAACAUCAACGACUGCCCGCCCGUCUUCCCCAGCGACAGGAAUACCGCCAUCAGGAUACCCGAGGACCUGCCUCUGGGCGCUCUCGUCACCCUGGUGGCCGCCCACGACCCGGACUCGCCCAAGCUGCGCUACUCGCUGGUGGGCGGCCACGAGGGCGUCUUCAGGAUCGACGAGGACACCGCCGCCCUGCGCCUCGCCGCCCCCCUCAACUACGAGACGCGACCCGCCUACAAUAUCACCGUCAGGGCCACGGACGAUGGCACGCCCCCGCUCGCCGCCAUCACCUACGUCAUCGUCCAGGUGGUCGACGUGGACGAGAACGUGCACGCGCCAGUCUUCGGCCAGGACGUGGUGGAGGCGGUGGUGCGGGAGUCCUCUCCGCCCCACACCCUCGUCACGUCGGUUCCCGCCCUCGACGCCGACCUCAACCCCGCCGACGCCGCGGUGACGUAUUCGCUGGUCGGGCCCGAGGGCAGGGGCGUCUUCUACAUCGAUCAGAAGGGCGAUAUCUACACGUCGUCAUGGCUAGACCGGGAGACAGCGUCCAGGUACUGGCUGAGCGUCCGUGCCCAGGACUCAGGCACGGUGCCCAAACACGCCACGCUGCACGUGUACGUGCAGGUGGAGGACGUGAACGACCACCACCCGCUGAGCUCGUGGCCCGUGUACUGGCCUGGCGUACCCGAGAACUCCCCUCCGGAUACGGUGGUGGUGACCGUCGAAGCAGCUGACCCCGACCCGUCCGCCAACAUCACGUACGAAAUCUCGGGAGGGAAUCCGCAGUCCAUUUUCACCAUCGAUGCGAAGACGGGCGAGAUCCGGACGACGGGGCGGCAGCUGGACCGCGAGCAGCACGCCGAGCACUUGCUGGAGGUGACGAUCCGCGACGGCGAGGACCCUGCGACGUCCCUCUCCUCCGUCGCCUACGUCGCCGUCAACGUCCUGGACGAGAACGACCACGCCCCGGCCUUCCUCGAGAGCCUGUACAAGUUCUCGGUGCCCAUCCUGCCGCGGCCGCCCAAGGACAAGGAGUACGUCGAGGACAUGCCCAUCGGAAGGGUGGUGGCCGUGGAUGAGGACGAGGACGACAACGGCGACAUCACCUACAGCAUCGAGGGCGACCAGUGGCUCGGGACGUUCAAGAUCCACAACAAGACGGGCAUCAUCUCUGCCAAGGCCGGACUCAACCCUGAGGAGGACUAUGAGUUCACGGUCCAGGCCAUAGACAACGGUCGUCCUCGAAACGCCAGCUCCUGCCUGGUGGUGAUCGACGUGGUGCCGGUGCCUGAGGACUCGAAGAACCCGCCGUCGAUCCUGGAGGAGGCGGAGGCGCGGGUCACGGUGCUCGAGAGUGACCCCAUCGGCCAGCACGUGACCCUCAUCAACGCCCGAGACGAGGACGGUGACCGCGUUUGGUUCGAUAUUAUAGCUGGUGACGACGAGUACAAGUUCGCCAUCGGGAGGGACACGGGAAGCAUCAUGUUGGCGGGAAAGUUGGAUGCUGAGAAGAAAUCCCUGUACAACCUCACUAUUGGAGUCACGGACGGCGUUUACACUGUCACCAGCCAGGUGAUCGUCUCCGUGCUGGACGUGAACGACAACCGGCCGGCGUUUUCGGAGCCCACGUACGAGGUGGAGGUGGGCGAGAACACCUCCCCGGGCACCACCAUCGCCACCCUCACCGCCUCCGACCCCGACUCCGACAAGCACCUCACCUUCACGCUCGUCAACACGGCCCACGUCGCCUCCGCCUCCAAGUUCAUGGUCAGCCCGGAGAGCGGGGACAUCGUUCUCUAUGAGCCGCUGGACAGGUGA